AGAUUGAUUUUGUUUUUUCACAUCCCCAAAUGGCAGUAUUUUCGUUGGCUGCGUUGAUUUGGUGUAUCCUUACUAAAGAGACUGGUUCCAUCUGUCCAGUAGUAGUUUAAUUUUGAAAUGUAUCAUAAGGUGCUUUGCCAGGAAAAUCCUGCUUUGCUUGUGUUGGCAAGUGAGAUGAGGAGGGAUUCAGAACUGUUGGUCAAACUGAUAGUGCAUGAGUACUGGAAGACUGACUUUGUGUUACCAGUUAUUAGUAACUAUACAGCAUAAGUUUAGGUAUUUUAAUGUUGUCUAUUUUAAACAAAAGUGUUAUACUGAACUGAAACUUUGACCUUUACAGACUGCUUUUUUUGCUUCAGCACAACUUCCUUUAGGUGUGGUGGCCAUAAAUAGUGUACUUUGUUUAGGUAUUUGCCCUACACAAGAUCUUGGUUGGCAUUUAGUGCUUUUGUUUAUAUAAAUAAUUUUGUUUUGUUUUGGAAACUAUUUUCUGCCAGCUAUGAAAUUUCUGCUGGUUUUUGAUUUUGACCAUACAAUCAUAGAUGAAAAUAGUGAUACUUGGAUUGUGAAAUGUGCUCCUGAGAAAAAACUCCCUAACGGAUUAAGAAACUCCUACCAACCAGGACAUUGGACAGAAUAUAUGGGCAGAGUCUUUGUCUACUUGGGAGAGAAUGGCGUCAAAGAAGAUGAGAUGAAAAGAACCAUGACAACGAUUCCUUUCACUGCAGGAAUGGUUGAUCUUCUGGGUUUCAUUGCUGAGAACAAAGAGUUGUUUGACUGCAUCAUUGUUUCAGAUUCUAAUGCAGUGUUUAUUGACUGGAUUUUGAAAGCUGCUGACUUCCAUAAGGUGUUUGAUGAAGUGUUUACAAACCCUGCAGCAUUCAGCAGUACUGGCUACCUUACUGUGCAGAACUUCCACACUCAUCAUUGUUCAAAGUGCCCUAAAAACCUUUGCAAAAGGAAGGUUUUAAAAGAAUUUCUAGAUGAGAAGUUGGAGCAAGGAGUAUGUUAUGCCCGAAUUGUAUAUAUAGGUGACGGUGGGAAUGACUUAUGUCCAGUAACGUUUUUGAAGAAGGAUGAUAUUGCUAUGCCCAGGCAGGGGUAUACCUUGGCAAAAAAGCUUUCUCAGCUGGCCCAAGAUCUCAAUCCUGUAGAAUGCUCUGUUCUGGUUUGGUCAUCUGCUGCUGACAUUAUGUCUUAUCUGAAACUGCUUACAAAAGAAUAAUUCCAAUGAUAAAAAUAAACUAAUAUAGCUAUAUUUUAUCUUCCUGGGAGAGAGAAACUGCAUGUGUGUAAAAGCACAAAAUUGUAAAAUUGGGCUGUUAUCUGAACUUAAUUUUUUUAAAACACAAUAUUAAACUGUUAAUGUUCAAUGUUGGCUAUACAGGCCUGUCAGCCUUACCUAAGUGCCAGGCAAGAUUAUGGAACUGGUCAUCUGGAGUACAAUCACACAGCACUUACAAGAUGGCCAAGGGAUCAGGCCCAGCCA